AUGCCAGAACAACCGUCAUCGUCAACACCCGCACCAGGGCCACCAUCAGCGGCACCCGCACCACCCGCAUCCGCCCUCCAACAAAAACAGCCCCCAAAACGCAAACUCUCCCAAGCCCUCAGCGCAUCCGCCCUCGCCGCACGGAGCAUCGCCAACAAACAAUCACAAGCCACCAAAAAGCGAAAGCAAACCGAUCCACCACCAUUAGCAACAGCGAAACCAAAUAAGAAAAAUGCGCAGGUCACUGUCCCAGCACCGGCGGCGGACACAGCACGCGCGGGAUUCAAGCCAUCGAAACUAACAAUCUCCCCAUCCCCAUUCGCAUACCUCCGUCUUCGCUUCACAUCAUCUGACCCAACAUACACAGUCACUCCCCUCCACUUCCGCAACGCAAUCAACCACGCGCUAAGGGAGGUGUUUGGGAUCGUUGGUGCGGCGCAUCAUGUUGAUUUGCUCAGAUACUCGGAAUCCAAAAGUGUCGGUAUCAUCCGGACUACAUACGAAUCGGCACCGACCGUCCGCGCGGCGUUAACGCUGUUGAGGGAGUACCAGGGGACCGAGUGUCGGGUGGACGUGCUGGAUUGUUCGCCGUGUCUGUUUAGUUUGGCGCAUAGUAGUCGGGGUGGGGGGAGGGUUGAUGCUGUGGGAUGA